UUCUGCUGACAACACCGCCUAAUACGUGGCCCUGCAGUUCUGUGUGAUUUGUGUGUCUUGUUUAUAUUUUUUAGUGCGUUAUUUCGUGAAAAUUUCUCACAUAAGCCGUGAACUGGCUUAAUCAAGAUGAUGAAUCCUCAAUACCCGCCACCGGGUCAAAACAAUAAUGCGCCGAACAACCCCCUCUAUCCCCCCACUUCUCAAGACUACAAUGGGGUUAAUGCUAACUACAGGCAAUUAUCGCCUACAGGCAUGCAGGAUCCCUUCAAUGACAUGAGCCAGAAGAUGUCCAACAUGGGUCUGAAUGGGUCUCAACCCUCUUCGAUACCGUCCUCCCAAUUGCCUCCAGGGCAAUAUCCUCCAAAUUAUGGACCUGGACAAGUUCAGAAGCCCGGACCUCCAGGCCCAAUGCCAGGCAGGCCACCAGUUAGUGGAGCACAGUAUCCUCCAAUGGGUCAAAACCCACCCUCAUCGACGCCAGGACCCGUGCCGACAUCACUUCCUCAGGGCUUCGAUAUGAUGAAUCAGCAACGGCCACCAAGUGUACAGCCUAGUCAAGGAACGCCUCCAAUGAGUCAAGCGCAAGGUCCACCAGGCCAUAUGCCACCUGGGCAUGGGCAGAUGCCUCCGGGGCCUGGGCAAAUGCCUCAUGUACCGGGACAGAUGCCACCAGUACCGGGUCAAAUACCACCUGGACCUGGGCAAAUGCCGCCAGGGCCAGGACAAAUGCCACCAGGGCCAGGACAAAUGCCUCCAGGGCCAGGACAAAUGCCGCCAGGACCAGGGCAAAUGCCGCCAGGACCAGGGCAAAUGCCACCAGGACCAGGGCAGAUUCCAGCAAAUUCACAAGCAGGUCUUCCACCACAACCUGGAAUGAUGGGCAGGCAGGGCAUGCCCCCACCACCACCAGCUCAAUCAAAGCCAGGAAUGCCUCCACAGCCUAUGGGAGGUCCACCCCAACCUGGACCACCCGGUAUGCCGCCACAGAGUAUGUCGCAAGGUGGUAUGCCUGCACAACCAGGCAUGAUGUCACAGCCUGGACUACCGCCACAGUCAAGAGCUAGUCAAUUACCGGGACCACCUGGACAGCUACCAGGUCAUCAAGGAUUGCCACCACAACCAGGUCAAAUGCAUGGGCCUGGCUAUCCACCUCAGCCAGGCAUGCCACCGCAACCUGGUCCUGGACAGCAGCCCUUGCAACGAUCUGGAUUUCCCCCGCAGCCGGGACCGCCUGGGCAGCCGCCGCAACAGGGACCUCCGCAACCCGGAAUGAUGCCACCUGGACAACCGGGACUACCUCCUCAGCCUGGCCAACCCGGUAUUCCACCACAUGCUCAGUCAGGACCUGGACAACCUGGUCUACCGCCAGCAAGGCAAGGACAGCCCGGGUUACCGCCUCAACCCGGUAUGCCCCCGCAGCCUGGAGGACCUGGCAUGCCAGGUCUCCCACCCCAGCCUGGUCCGCCAGGUCCGCCCGGCCAGCAGUUCCAGCAGAUGCCAGGUUUACCGCACAUGCCGCCACCUCUAUCUCAGAGACAAUUCCCUGGUGCACCACCAGUCAGUCAGCCAGGAUUUGGUCAACCACCUGGCCCACCUGCCAGUGCUCCAUAUCCUGGUAUGCCACCAAACCAGCCCCAUCAAACUCAGCCGCUGCCAGGCCAGGGAAUGUUCCCUGGCCAGCAACCGUCAGGGUACCCGCCGCAGUACCAGCCUCCGUACCCUGGACAACAGCCGCCGUAUCCUGGACAGCAGUAUCAACCGCAGCCGCCGACCAAGCAGCUUGACCCGGAUCAGAUGCCUAGUCCGAUUCAAGCUAUCUUAGAAGACCAGCAGAACCGCAGCGGCGUGUUCGUGACGAACGACAAGGGCCUCGUGCCGCCGCUCGUCACCACCAACUUCGUCGUCGACGAUAAAGGGAACGCAAGUCCCAGGUACAUAAGAAGUUCCAUGUACUCGGUGCCGGUUACCGCCGAUCUUCUGAAGCAGACCUCGAUGCCUUUCGCUUUAGUCAUCUCUCCCAUGGCGGAGACAGUGGGAGCGGAGCAGGAGCCCCCGCUGCUGGACUUCGCGGCGCUGACGGGCUCCCCCGCCAUGGGCCCGGUGCGCUGCUGCCGCUGCAAGGCCUACAUGUGCCCCUACAUGAAGUUCAUCGACGCCGGACGACAUUUCAAGUGCGCCUUCUGCAAGGCCACUACUGAAGUGCCGAUGGAGUACACGCAGUACGUGACGAGCAUGCAGCAGUACGGGCGCGUGCCGGCGGAGAUGGCGCUCGGCACGUACGAGAUCGUCGCCACUAAAGAGUACUGUAGGAACAACACACUGCCGAACCCGCCUGCGCUAGUAUUCGUGAUCGACGUGUCGUACAACUCCAUCAAGAACGGCAUGCUCAGCACCAUAUGCGAAAACAUCAUGGACGUUAUAGAGGCAUUGCCAAAAGACGAGCAGACUGGCAAGAGCUGGACACGCGUCGGCUUCAUCACUUACAGCUCCACAGUACACUUCUAUAACAUCAAGGGUUCCCUAGCCCAGCCGCAGAUGAUGUCGGUGGGUGACGUGGGAGAUAUGUUUGUUCCCCUACUGGAAGGGUUCCUGGUAUAUCCUGAGGAGAGUGGUCCGGUGCUCCAGGCAUUGCUGCAGCAGUUACCGGUCAUGUUCAACGAUAACAAGGAGACGGAGACCAUACUGCUACCUGCUGUGCAGGCGGGUCUGGAAGCCUUGAAAGCGGCCGACACUUCAGGCCAGCUGUUCGUGUUCCACACCACCCUGCCCACCUACAACGCGCCAGGGAAACUCAUCAACAGAGAGGACAGGAAACUAUUGGGAACUGAGAAGGAGAAACAGAUACUAAGUCCGCAAACGACAGCGUACAACGAGACGGGGCAGGCGUGCAGCGCGGCCGGCGUGGCGGUGGAGAUGUUCGUCUGCAACAACGCGUACGUCGACGCCGCCACCAUCGGACAGCUGCCGCGGCUCACCGGCGGCCAGCUCCACAAGUACACCUACUUCACCGCGGAGACGGACGGCGCGCGACUGCUGUGGGACGUGCGGCGCGCCGCCACGCGCAACACCGCACACGACGCCGUCAUGCGCGUGCGCACGUCCACUGGUGUACGGCCAACUGACUUCUUCGGACACUUCUUCAUGUCCAACACCACGGACGUCGAACUUGCCGCCGUUGACGCGGACAAGGCGAUAGGUAUCGAGGUGAAACACGACGACAAAUUAACCGCCGAGGACGGCGUCUAUAUCCAAGCGGCGUUGCUGUACACGCACCGCUCGGGCCAGCGGCGCCUGCGCGUCAUCAACCUGUCGCUGUCGCUGGCGCAGCAGCUCGCCGACGUCUACCGCUCCAUGGAGCUGGACACCACCAUCAACUUCCUUACUAAACAAGCGGUGUGGGCGCUGCGCGAGGCGGCGCCGCGCGCGGUGCGCGAGGCCCUGUCGGCGCGGUGCGCGCGCUCGCUGGCCGCCUACCGCCGCCACUGCGCCUCGCCCUCGCCCGCCGGCCAGCUCGUGCUGCCCGAGUCCAUGAAGCUGCUGCCGCUCUACACCAACUGCCUGCUGCGCUCCGACGCCGUCGCCGGCGGUCCAGACAUAACGUGCGACGACCGUUCGUGUGCGAUGUACCGCGCGCUCACGGCGGACGUGCCGCAGUCGGUGGUGCUGACGUACCCGCGCCUGCUGCCGCUGCACCCGCUGGCGGACGCGCCCGACGCCGCGCCCGCGCCGCUGCGGGCGUCGGUCGACAGGAUGAAUGAUCAUGGCGUGUAUCUGCUAGAGAACGGAGUGCACAUGCUCCUGUGGGUGGGCUCGGCGGCGCCUGCGCAGUUCACGGCGGAUGUGUUCGGCGUGUCGUCGCCGCAGCAGCUGGACCCGCAGGUGUGCGAGCUGCCGGACCGACACAACGCCACGAGCCAGGCCGUGCGCGCCAUACUGCACGACGCCAGAGAGAAGAGACGCUCUUGCAUGAGGCUAACAAUAAUGCGACAACACGACAAGCUGGAGACGGUGCUGCGCCACUUCCUGGUGGAGGACCGCGGCGUGGACGGCAGCCCCUCGUACGUGGACUACCUGUGCCACGUACACAAGGAGAUCCGGCAGCUGCUCUAGCGGCGCCGCGGGGACGCGCUCGCCGGCGCCCGCGCCUACGGGAGGUCGUGAGUCGACAUAACUGGUACACGAUGAGUCCAAUGUAUAAUACGGGUUUGCUGAUUGAAAUAAAAAAAAAUCGAAAUUGCAUCGUAAUGACCAGCGUCGACUAGGCUCGCUGGGCCUACUAUAAAACUGCGUCCAUUAGGAAAGCGUCGAAUCACCACGUAUACGAUUCUGCGCAUUUCAGUUCUACUCAAAUCGACGCCACGCUUUACACUUACAAUGAUGUCAAUAUAACCAUUUAUUAAUCGAAAUGCAAUACAAACUAUUGUUUUUACUAUUUGGUAUAGGUACUUAGAAAAUUGCGUUUUGUUACAUCACUGUAAUUCUAAAGAGAUAAUGUAUAUAGCGUAACAGAUUUAUGUUUUUGUAUUGCAUUGUUGUGAAUAGGACGGUACCGCGUUCCAAUUGUAAAAUUUUAUCGAUAUUUAUAAAACAUUACACGUGGUUUGUAUUGGUACUUAGUAUAGCUUAUCAUAUACGAAGACAAUUAGGUUGUAGAAUCAAUUCUACUUACCCCUCUGGCAAUACAUGCUUGAAUUAUUGAAUUAAAGUAAUGUGUACUUAUAAUGGCUAUGAGAUAUCAAUUUGACAUUUUUUUAUUUCAAUCA